GGAGCGGAGUUCAGGGGGAGACGCGGCCGCUCUCCUCCCUCCUGCUUCACCUCGUCACCAACGCUGUAUGGAACAAAGACGAGACAACGAUGAGGGGGUGAUGGGUGCUCAGACAACAAGCCUGUCGGAGAAACAACGAUGAACUGAACCGAGUUUCUUUUACUGGACUUUGUUUCAAACGGCCAUUUUUUUUUUUUUACUUUUACAGACAGUCGUUAAAUCCGGCGUCCCGGACCGGUUCUUUUACACCCCAAGGCUCUUUAUUUUUUUUACUUAACAAGAAACUACAUGUUGUUGGACCUAAAAGAGUAGAGCCGAAAAACAGAAGAGAAACACUUAAACAUGCUUUAAUAAAGCUGGUGACAACGACAACCUCAAACUGAUGCUUUCCCUUCAAAGCCUUGGGAAAUUUAAAGAUCACUAGAGUAGACAACACCCUCCAGCUCCAAUGUCUAAGCAGGAACAACACACGUCGCUCGCCAAACCAGAGGUCAGACUGCGACCUGAGGUCCUCUCUCGACCAUCGGUGCAAAAUCUCUUCCUUUCUCCUGCUGACGGAGAGCGUUCAGAACCUUCUGAAGGAAAGGCCAAAGGCGCCCUGAACAAGACCAGUGGUUAUUCAGAGCUCCCGACUGGUAUCAAAAAGCCACCUGCAGUGAGGCCCAAACCGGCCUGCAUCAACUCUCAGCUUCAGAUUAAGGCAGAGCAAGCGCCGCCACUGCCCAAGAAGAGGAGCUGCGUCGUGAGCAAACCGAGGGUGGAGGGAGCAGAGCCCAAAGGUACAAGCGCAGAAGGAGGACGAUCAGAGCCUGAUGGGAGGGAGGUGGACGCGCAGGUGUCAGGCGGCAGCGAAACGGAGUCCGAGCACGGCCAAGACGCGCCCGCUGCUUUUUGCUCCGAACAGAGCUGCAGCUGCUUGUGCCACCUCCAGCAACCCGGCAUGAUGCUGAUAUGGGUGCCCGUGGAGGUGGAAACGGUUGAGAAAACCAGUAACUGUUUUAAAAGACUGACGCCGAAGGACGUGAAAAACCGUAAGAAGGACGAGGAGGAGGAUCAGGGAGGGAAAGAGGACAGCAGGGCGAAAGAGGAGGCAGACGGCUCUGUUAAAGAGAAACAGGCGACGAAGCAGAACAAAUCGGUUUUCCAGGAGCGUUUGGAGGGGCUGCUUGCAGCGCACCACAGGGCGUCAGAGGCAGGCUGUCAUGCCACCAGUAACCACGGCCCGCCUUCUCCUGUUCCUCUAAAACCUACUCCGUCGCCACCGCCCGUCCACGAGCCUCUCUCGCAGGACGAAGAGGAGAAUAUCUACGAGACCAAUCUCCCAUACGCCGAACAUUAUUUUAAAAAGACUCUUCUAGUGAACGACAUGCUGAAGUUCUCUGAAAGCAAUAGCCGAAAACUGGCUUGUGAGUCCGAGCCUCACAGCAGCGCAUCCAAGCCCAUUAUUGUGGAGACCAGCCCGAGCCUGGGCGACGCUCCGCCCGCCCGUCUGCCGAAGACUCCCAAGAUGUUGGGCACUCCACCCCCGAGCAGACCCCCUCCACUACCCCCAGUUCCAUCGAAGAAAGACGUCAGGAGGCACAGCAACGUUUCCUCAAACUCAGGAGAGGAGAAUGGAAGGAAUGAAGAUGGAGAUGACAUAGAUACGAGGACGUUUUCGUUCAAACUGGAGACCCACCUUCAGAACGAGCCUCUGUACCAGAUGUACCGCAAAACCGUCAUCACGAAGGAGAUCCGUCGGCAGACCGUCAAUCGCAACAUCAGUAAAACGAGCUACGACUAUCCCGUGGACUGGAUGUCCAAUCGCAACAGAAAAGGCUCUGACGCUUCAGGUUUUAACGAAGAGGCCAACAGCAGCACUUUGUGGCAGGAGCUCCCUGAAGUACGGGACAGUGGAAUGCUGGAGCAGCUCUCUACUAAAGAGCUGAAGUACCAGGAGAGCAUGUUCGAGGUUUUGACCUCGGAGGCCUCUUACCUGCGAUCGCUCCGCAUUCUCACCGAACACUUCCUGGACAACCGGGAGCUGAACGACACGCUGGUCAUCAGAGACAAGAAAACUCUCUUCUCCAACAUCCUGAGGGUUCGGGAGGUCAGCGAGAGGUUCCUGAAAGACCUGGAGGACCACAUCUUCAAGGACAUAGUCUUCUCAGAUAUAUGUGGCAUAAUCCAUUACCACGCUCAGCACAACUUUCCUGCCUACAUCGACUACGUUCGCAACCAGAUCUACCAAGAAAAGACUUUCUCUGAGCUCAAGAAGAACAACACAAAGUUCGCCGCAGUGAUCAGACAUCUUCAAGAGUCGCCUCAGUGCCAGCGGCUGCCCUUCGUGUCCUUCUUGCUGCUUCCCUUCCAGCGAAUCACUCGCAUCAAAAUGCUCAUCGAGAACAUCCUGAAAAGAACAAAGCAGGGGACAAAAGAGGAGCAGGAGGCCACCAAGGCUUUGGAUUCAGUGUCGAAGAUUAUCGACAAGUGUAACACGGAGGUGGGGAAGAUGAGACAGGUGGAGGAGUUGGUUCAUCUCUCUCGCAUGCUGGAGUUUGAUAGUAAAGUCAAGGCAAUCCCGAUCAUCUCAGAGACUCGAUUUCUGGAGAAGAAGGGCGAGCUUCAGGAAAUGUCCAGAGGAAAAACUAUUGUCAACAUGAGGAUGAAGUUCAAUCCUGUAAACCUCUUCCUUUUCAAUGAUCUGCUCAUCAUUGCUGUCAAGAAAAGCGGAGAGCGCUUCCUGGUGACGGACUACGCUCACCGCUCUCUGGUGCAGGUUCAGCCAUUAGAAGACGACAGCAGCAUUGCCUAUGAGAACUGCUUCAACUUCAUCAUACUGGAAAACAGCCAGGGACGCAUGAUUGAGCGGUUAAUUAAAGCACCUUCCAAGUCCGACAUGCACAGAUGGUUGGCAGCUUUUCCAGAUCCCAGCAUCCAAGACGACGAGGAAAGGAUUUACGAGGACUUCGACUGUCCUCAGGUGCAGUGCGUGGAGCAGUACGUCGCAGAGCAAGCAGACGAGCUCAGCCUGGAGCCCGCCGAGAUCGUCAACGUCAUCCGCAAAACCAACGAGGGUUGGUACGAAGGGUGCCGCCUGUCCGACGGUCAGAGGGGUUGGUUCCCUAUAGCAAACGUCAUCGAGAUCACCAACGAACACGUGAGGAGAAGGAACCUCCUGGAGCGCUACAGGGUCUCUCAGGCUGCGAGCAUGCUCAGCAAGACCCGCUGAGACCCAACUCAUCACCUGAAGCACGACGUGCGACUUUUAAAAGAGCCACAACUGUAAUUUAAUAUUUCACUGGAUGCUGAGAAAGU